AUGAAAAAACUCAUCUACAAAAUGUUCACAAAGGAUAAUGGAAUAAACAUGAACAUGGAGACAUUGGAUCAUAUUUCAAACAAGCUGCACGAUACAGAGUCCAUACGAAGAUUUCUAAAUGCAUUCAAGACAAGAUAUAAUUGCAAUACGCUAAAAUUCUCUCAGGUUGACGAACUCCUAGACAUCAAGAACCAGCAGCGUAGUUUCUUCCAGGUGAAUGAAUUCAAAUAUAAGAAAAGAAGCUUCACAAGUAAUAUGGAGUUUUACAAGACACAGUGCACAAGCAACGUAAAAAUUACAAAUAUUGGGCUGCUAAAACAGGAUUCACCAUCGAGCAUCUUUGGAUGUCUUUAUAGAGACAAGAGUAACAACUGGGUUUUGGAAGAUGAACACGAUCUAAUAGAAAUCGAGCUAUAUGACUGCACAAGCAGAGGAUUUUUACACGAAGACAUGUUCAUUGGAUUUUACGGGGUAUUACACAAUAAGAAAUUCAAAGUGUCGAAGAUCCAAUUACCAGAAAUCAAAGUUGAUACACAUAUGAAUACGUUUUUAGAGAAUAGAAACAUCAAAAUGUGCUUCAUAAACGGCUGUGAAAAUAUGGAUAGUCACAUAUAUGAGAUAUAUGUGAAGCACAAACCUGACAUGUUUGUAAUAGCAUUGGAGGAUGAGACUACACUGCCGAGUUUUCCAGUGCAUACAGUUGUCAUUCGAAAGACAAACGAAAGAAACUUGCUACCUAGAAAGUUUACAGAGAAGAGUAGUGAUCCAUUUUUGCGCAAAGUAACAAAUCCAAGUAUCAUAGAGACAUACGACAAAAGCGUACUAUUCACAGACAUUGACUUGCACAUAUACAAAGGCGUAGGUGAGUUUGUCAAUGAUAAGCCGUUUGAAUCGUUUAUGGAGAGCUACUUAUCUCAAGCUUCAGUUCAUCCAUUCAGCAAAACGAAUUUUCUGAUGAAACAACAUCCAAAUUUCAUUGUGAUUGCAAGUGACACAAAGCAAUAUAUCCAUAAGGUUGGUGAUGUAAGCAUUGUUAAUCUUGGAAAUUUCAGUAGAGGAUGUUAUUGCAUUAUAGAGACAUCCAAAAAUACAGCUGAAAUAUACAUAGAUAAAAUAUUGAGAUGA